AUGGGCUCCGUGGGCAGCCAGCGCCUCAAGGAGCCGGGCACGGCGGGCAGGAGCGUGGUGACGAGCUUCAGCUUCGAGGGCUGCCGGCUGGAGGAGGAGGCGGCCGCAGGGGCAGCUCGGGACGGGGCUCCGGCCAGGGGCGCCCCGGUUCUCACGGACUCUGAGGGGCGGGCGCCGGACGACCGUUACCACGCUGUCUACUUCGCCAUGCUGCUGGCGGGCGUGGGCUUCCUGCUGCCCUACAACAGCUUCAUCACCGACGUGGACUACCUGCACCACAAGUUCCCAGGGACCUCCAUCGUGUUCGACAUGAGCCUCACCUACAUCCUGGUGGCGCUGGUGGCCGUGCUGCUCAACAACGCGCUGGUGGAGAGGCUGAGCCUGCACACGAGGAUCACGGCCGGCUACCUUCUGGCCCUGGGCCCCCUCCUCUUCAUCAGCGUCUGCGACGUGUGGCUGCAGCUCUUCCCCCGGCGCCAGGCCUACGCCAUCAACCUGGCCGCCGUGGGCACCGUGGCCUUCGGCUGCACAGUGCAGCAAUCCAGCUUCUACGGGUACACGGGGAUGUUGCCCAAGCGGUACACCCAGGGCGUGAUGACCGGAGAGAGCACGGCGGGCGUCAUGGUGUCCCUGAGCCGCAUCGUCACCAAGCUGCUGCUGCGCGGCGAGCGGGCCAGCACGCUCACCUUCUUCCUGGUCUCCUCCGGCCUCGAGCUGCUCUGCUUCCUGCUGCACCUGCUGGUCCGGCGCAGCCGCUUCGUGCGCCAUCACACGGUGCGGCCCCGCGGCUGCCGCGCGCUCCACCACGUGGCCGCCGGCGACGUCUGCUUCGAGAACCCGGGCCCGGCCGGCGGGUCCCCGAAGGACAGCCCGGCCCACGAGGCGCCCGGCGGUGAGCGGGGAGCCUACACGCGGUUCGACGUGCCGCGGGCGCGAGCCGAGCGGACCUGGCCCUCCGUCCGCGCCCUGCUGCUGCACCGGUACGCGGUGGCCCGCGCCAUCUGGGCGGACAUGCUGUCCAUCGCCGUCACCUACUUCAUCACGCUGUGCCUGUUCCCCGGCCUGGAGUCUGAGAUGCGGCACUGCGCGCUGGGCGAGUGGCUGCCCAUCCUGGUCAUGGCCGUGUUCAACCUCGCCGACUUCGUGGGCAAGAUCCUGGCGGCGCUGCCCGUGGACUGGCGGGGCACACACCUGCUGGCCUGCGCCUGCCUGCGCGUGGUCUUCAUCCCGCUGUUCAUCCUGUGCGUGUACCCCAGCGGCGCGCCCGCCCUGCGCCACCCCGCCUGGCCCUGCGUGCUCUCCCUGCUCAUGGGCAUCAGCAACGGCUACUUCGGCAGCGUGCCCAUGAUCCUGGCCGCCGGCAAGGUGGGGCCGCGGCAGCGGGAGCUGGCAGGGAACACCAUGACCGUGUCCUACAUGACGGGGCUGACGCUGGGCUCGGCCGUGGCCUACUGCACCUACAGCCUCACCCGGGGCGCCCACCGGAGCUGCCUGGAGCCCCCCACCGCCAACGCCUCCCUCCCCGCUGGCCUCUGA